AUGGUUGACCUUCAAACCGUGCUCCAGUCUAACAGCCGUCUCCAAGACGUGAAAGACCCUCAAGUUGCUCUAUUCGUAGGGGCGACAUCUGGUAUUGGCCUCGGAAUCCUCAAAGAAUUCGCGCGAAAUUCGGCGAACCCUCGAGUUUACAUCGUCGCCCGUAAUGCAACCGCAGCAGCUCCUCUUGCUGAAGAGCUACGGCUCAUGAGCCCUGGUGGCCAUUUCGAGAUCAUCGAAAUGAACGUUUCGCUUAUCAAAGACGCCGUGAAGGUAGCGGAAUUCAUCAAAUCCAAAGAGUCCUCGUUAGACUUGCUUUGCAUGUCAGUAGGCUUUUUCUCGUUGGAUGGAAGACAGGAUACAACUGAGGGUCUAGACGCCAGUUUGACGACUCGUCAUUACUCCCGUAUUCGGAUUGCUCAGCUUUUACUUCCUCUACUCAACCAGUCUAAAAGCCCGCACGUACUGUCCAUACUCGCGGGCGGGGAAGAGGGACCUAUUCAUGAGGACGAUCUAAGCUUGGAUAAUCCGAAAAACUUUUCUGUUGGCUCUAGUAACUCCCAUGCUGCUACCAUGAUGACAUUUGCACUGGAGCACCUCGCCUCCGAAAACCCUCGAAUUAGCUUCGUUCACGCUUUUCCCGGGAUUGUGGCCACUCCGCUGUUUGGUAAAAUCGCCGGUGGUGUCCUGGGUAUGGUACUGCGUUAUAUCGUGGCUCCGGUGCUCAAGUUGUUCCUUAGAAGUGUGUCUGAAGCAGGCCAAAGGGGCUUGUUCAUGGCUACCAGUGCACGUUAUAGUGUGGACGAUGGCAUAGUCCCGCUGGCCGAGGGUUCACAGAAAGCACAACGGACCGAAGGUGGUGUUUUCACCAUUAAUGCGCAUGGUGAGACUGCCGAUAAUGCGAAGAUCCUUGCAGAUUUCAGAAAGCGAGGUGUGGAUAAGAAAAUUUGGGAUCAUACAAUGGAGGUUUUUGAUAUUGUGUCGUCGCGCUGA